CUUGCAAGAUAGGAAAACAGAAAAAAUGACUGCAUUGAGACCACUGGCACCCGAGCUGGCAGAAAAGGCAAGAUUUGAGCUGAACGAGGUGCCACACCGCAUGGUAGAUGAUCUGGCAGCAUUGAGAUCCUGGAUAGCCAAACAACCUCAUCUUAAUCCUCGUACCGAUGACCAGUUCUUGGUAAAUUUCUUACGAGGAUGUAAGUAUAGUCUCGAGAAGACGAAGGAAAAACUUGACAAUUAUUACACAGUAAAAACAGCCAUACCAGAGUUUUUCGACAAUCGAGACCCGAUAAACGAAACGCUACGGAAUUACAUGUCCUUCGGUGUUAACCUUCCUCUACCACACACAUUGGAUGCUGAUGGGCCGAGACUUAUGUUAGUGCGGAUGGGUGCAUACGACGCUUCAAAGCAUUCCAUUAUAGAUGUGAUGAAAGUAUGCUACAUGAUCACCGAUGUAUUGCUCGUAAAUGACGACACUUCCAUCAUUGCUGGCCACAUGGUGUUGGUCGACUUAAGAGGUCUAACUUUUGCCUGCAUGUCACAGUUCAGUCCGACAUUUAUUAAAAAAAUGACCUCUGUUAUUGAGGCUUUCCCAAUCCGCACGAAAGGCAUACAUUUCAUAAACCCAUCGUCUGGCUUCGACGCUCUCUACAAACUUUUCCAUGGAUUUUUGAGCAAAAAAAUUCAGGACCGCAUUCAAGUGCACGAAUCAUUCGAAGCCCUGCACAAAUUCGUUCCGAAGAAAUAUCUUCCCGAAGAAUAUGGUGGUAGUGGUGGACGACUUGAAGACAUCAUUGCAGACUGGAGUAAAACGCUAAUUAUUAACCGCGACUUUUUCGCCGAAGACGCGAAAUUCCGAAACGACGAACGUAAACGACCUGGUAAACCCAAAAAUGCAAGCACAUUGUUUGGGGUGGAUGGUUCGUUCCGCACGCUUGAAUUUGAUUAGAAUUCAACACAUGUUGCCCAAUGAAGAGAACGUACGCACUUAAUAAUCAUACCGAAUAUUGGUUUUUACAGUUUCGGGCACAAAGCAAAACCAAAAGUAUAAUUCAAACUUAUCUCGUCCAACUACCGGAAACUGCCAAUUUUUGCAUAGUGAGGUUCUGUUUGAGAAAAUAUGACACUUGUGUUAAAAAAAAUUACAAUAUCAUACACGCAAUAAUUUAAAAAACUUAAUUUCCUAGACUUAUCCAAAUUGUAAUAUUUUUUCUCUAACCUCUUUUUUUAUCUAGAGACAAAUAUUAAAUAAAGCUAAAUG